GCUGAGGGGCACCUCUGUUCCCUGCGCUGCCCAGAGCCAACCCCUUCCUCGGGACAUACAUUUUCCACGGCCUGGGACAUGGAUGCCUUUCAUUUCCCAGACUCGUGCGGAGUCAGGCUCAGGGGUGCUGAGGGUUCUCUUUCUCCUGCACUCAUUUAAAUCACAGAAUAAACCAACCCAAGCUGGGGGGUGUUUGAAAUGUGAGGAGCCUUUUCUUAAAGCCCUUUGAAAAUCCCAGUGGGCUGGGUGCCAGUUAGCACUGAGGAGCAUCUCCUUUGGAAGCUCGUAUUUCAUAGAAAUACAGACAUAAAUAUUCUAAUUACUGCGUCCUGCAGCCUCGGGGGAGGCCUGUGCUGCUGUGGAAAUCAAGGAUCUGAUGCUGGGGGUUAUCAGACAGACUGUCCUGCUCUGUUUGCUGACAAUUCCAGGUUGCUUUGAGCUGGCAGAAGAAUCUCUGCGAAAUGGCAACUGCUCAGAAGCAAAGGAAUUGCACGAGUGCAGUUGUCUUCCCUAAAAAAAUAGCCACGGAGCAGCAGUCCCUGAUGCUGGUGAAGAGGCUCCUGGCAGUGGCCGUGUCCUGCAUCACGUACCUGAGAGGAAUCUUCCCUGAAAGUGCCUAUGGAACGAGAUACAUGGAUGAUGUCUGUGUCAAAAUCCUGAGGGAAGACAAGAACUGCCCUGGCUCCAGCCAGCUGGUGAAAUGGAUGCUGGGGUGCUACGAUGCCUUGCAGAAGAAAUACCUCAGGCAGAUUGUCCUCGCAGUCUACACCCAGCCAGAAGAUCCUCAGACGGUCACCGAGUGUUACCACUUCAAGUUCAAGUACACCCCGCACGGGCCGCUCCUGGAUUUCGGCAGGUACAGUCCCAGCAUUCUCCUGCCUGCUUUUCCAGCCCCCUCUGCCUGGCAAAACUUGGGAUUUUACCUGUUUGCUGUUCGAAGUCUGGAUC